AUGAAGCUUGCUAUCCUCGCCUCCCUUCUUUCGGCUGUUGCCGCUUUCGCCCCCGCUGCCAAGCAGGCGUCUAGCACCGUUGUCUCCAUGUCUUUCGACGAGGAACUCGGAGUCCAGGCCCCUCUCGGAUUCUGGGAUCCCUUUGGUUUGUUGAACGGUGCCGACCAAGAACGAUUCGACCGUCUCCGAUAUGUUGAGAUCAAGCACGGACGUAUCGCUCAGUUGGCCUUCCUUGGAAACAUCCUUCCCCGUGCUGGAGUCUACCUCCCAGGAGACAUUGACUACUCUGGCCAUGCCUUCAGCUCCUACCCAGCUGGAAUUGCCGCCAUCAAGGGAGACGAUGCCAUCCCAUUCGAAGGAAUUGGACAGAUCAUCUGCUUCAUUGGUUUCCUCGAGAUCUGCUUCAUGAAGGAUGUCCCAGGAACCGGAAACGAAUUCGUUGGUGACUUCCGUAAUGGAUACAUUGACUUCGGAUGGGACACCUUCAGCGAGGAAGAGAAGCUUUCCAAGCGUGCCAUUGAGUUGAACAACGGCCGUGCCGCUCAAUUCGGAAUCCUCGGACUUAUGGUUCACGAGAAGAUCGUUCCUCUUGGAUACGACCCCGAUCUUCCCCUUGUCGGACACUUGUAA